AUGCUGUUUGGUCAGACCUUCACACUACAAACUGAUCAUGCUCCACUUCUUCGGAUCUUUUGUUCGAAAAAUGGCAUCACAGUCUAUACGGCGAACUGGCUACAACGUUGGGCUUUACAGUUGCUGCUCCACGACUUCAACAUUGUUUACGUAAACACAACAAAAUUCGGAAACGCCGAUAUCCUGUCCCGGUUGAUCGAUCAACACGUCAAACCAGAAGAAGACUCCGUCGUAGCCAGCAUCAUCACGGAGAACGAUGUAAGAUCCAUUGCAUUAGAUGCAGUUAACGCACUUCCUCUCAGCUUCAGGGCAAUUCAGCACGCCACCCGUUUCGACCCUGUACUUUGCAAGGUCUACCGUUUCGUCCAGCAAGGUUGGCCACAGUUAAAAACGGCCAUUUCGAACCGUGAGAUCCAGCAAUUCUUCAACCGAAGUGAUUCGCUAUCUACGGUUCAAGGGUGCGUGAUGUUUGCCGAACGUUUAGUGAUUCCGACCGAUUUCCGGAUGCGUUGCCUACACCAUCUCCAUCGUGGUCAUCCGGGUAUUCAGCGCAUGAAAGCGAUUGCGCGCAGCUUCGUUUACUGGCCGUCUAUCGACUCGGAUAUCGCUGCGCAUGUCAAAGCGUGCCGUCACUGCGCAGUUGCAGCCAAGAGUCCGCCCAAAGCACCGCCGCUGUCGUGGCCCAAGUCAACGUAUCCAUGGCAGCGCGUCCACAUCGACUACGCUGGGCCAAUCGAAGGAGAGUACUUCCUGCUUAGCGUCGAUUCGUACUCAAAAUGGGUGGAAAUCGUCAGAACCAAGUCGAUAACAGCCACUGCAACCAUCGGAAUCCUACGAAGUCUCUUCGUUCGCCUUGGUAUGCCAGAAACGCUAGUCAGCGACAACGGUACGCAGUUCACCAGUGCCGAGUUCACACAACUCUGCCUCGAGAACGGUAUCGAUCACGUGACAACUGCGCCGUUUCAUCCGCAGUCCAACGGCCAAGCUGAGCGUUUCGUGGACACCUUCAAGCGAGCGGUCAAAAAGAUUCGAGAGGGGAGAAGAUCAAUUCAGGAAGCACUGGACACUUUUCUGUUGACCUACCGAACCACACCAAACCUGUCAGCACCACAAAGCAGAUCUCCGUCCGAAGUAAUGUUUGGGCGUAGAAUUAGGACCAGUCUGGACUUACUCCGUCCACCAGCCGUUCGGGAAACGACUGCUCAACCAGAUUCAAGGUUGUUCAGUAAAGGUGAUCUACUAUACGCCAAGGUGCACUCUAACAAUUCGUGGAGAUGGGCAUCAGGAGUGAUUCUGGAGGGAGUGGGACAGGUGAUGUUCAACGUAUGGGUUGAAGAUAGGCGCAUGAUUCGUUCGCACAUCAACCAGCUGCGAAGCCGAACGAACGCCGACAGUAAGUCAACGUCUGGCUCGAUUCCGUCCAAGACAGACAAGCAACAGUUGCCUCUGGACAUCUCACUACGAGCCUGGAACCUGCACAAGCCAACCCAGCGACAACCACCAGGUCCAUCCACAUCACCGAGACCAUCACCGUCACCUGUUGCACAAACGUCAUCAACACUCGAAACUCCGGCUGAGCAUUCGACGCUACAGCAAGUCUUGUCAUCCACGCCAGCUUCUCCGAGCCUAGUUUGGGUUACUUCGGAAUCGACAACUUCGUCGACAACAGACCUUGGUCAGCCAUCGGCUACGUCCGUAGUCCCAUCGUCCUCUGAAACAAGCACUGUGCCACUUACAUCAGCAGAAACCGAAACAGCUGUCCAGGUACCUCGCCGCUCUUCACGUCUACGAAGACCGCCGAUUAGGUUCAACCCGUACCAGCUGUAUUAA